UGCUGACAAAGCUAGUUGAGUUGUGUUUGAUUUGGGACAUAUUUACUUUGGAAAACACACAACAACAGCUCAGCACCAAAGUUCACAUUGAAAUCCUGCUGGUGACCUUGGCUGAUUUCAUCUCUGCAACGCCACUUCUUGGAAGCAGAGCUCUGCCAAAAUGAAACGCCCCUUCCAUUCCCUCAUCAUUUCUCUCAUCCUAACAUCUGUUUGUGGGAACGAUGGGCUGGUGGAUCAGCUUGAGAAAAGAAGGGAAGAUUCUAAGCCUGUGGAUCCCCAAUGGAGGCAGUUAAACAGCAAAAACCUGAGUAUGCCCCUUCUCCCUGCUGACUUCCACAAGGAAAACACGGUCACCAACGAAUGGAUCACAGAGGGGGAGGAGGACGAGGAUUAUCUGGAUCUAGAGAAGAUAUUCAGUGAAGAUGAUGACUAUAUCGACAUCAUUGAUGCGGUUUCACCGACAGAUGCAGAAGCCAGUGCUGGGAACAUCCUCCAGCUCUUCCAAGGCAAGAGCCGGAUCCAGCGUCUUAACAUCCUCAAUGCAAAGUUUGCUUUUAACCUUUACCGAGCACUGAAGGAGCAGGCCAAGCCUUUCGACAACAUCUUGAUAGCCCCCGUGGGCAUUUCUACUGCCAUGGGAAUGAUUUCCUUGGGCCUGCAGGGGGAGACUCAUGAACAAGUACACUCUAUUUUGCAUUUUAAAGACUUUGUCAAUGCUAGCAGCAAGUAUGAGAUCACGACCAUUCACAAUCUCUUCCGUAAGCUGACUCAUCGCCUCUUCAGGAGGAAUUUUGGGUACACACUGCGGUCAGUCAAUGACCUUUACGUACAGAAGCAAUUUCCAAUCCUGGAUGACUUCAAAACUAAAGUAAGAGAGUACUACUUUGCCGAGGCCCAGGCCGCUGACUUCUCAGACCCUGCCUUCAUACUGAAAACCAACAACCACAUUCUGAAGCUCACCAAGGGCCUCAUAAAAGACGCUCUAGAGAAUAUAGACCCAGCUACGCAGAUGAUGAUUCUAAACUGCAUCUACUUUAAAGGAUCCUGGGUAAAUAAAUUCCCAGUGGAAAUGACCCACAACCACAACUUCCGGCUGAACGAGAGAGAGGUAGUCAAGACUUCCAUGAUGCAGACCAAGGGGAACUUCCUGGCGGCAAAUGACCAGGAGCUAGACUGCGAUGUCCUGCAGCUGGAGUAUGUGGGGGGCAUCAGCAUGCUAAUUGUGGUCCCACACAAGCUGUCUGGGAUGAAGACCCUAGAGACACAGCUGACGCCCCAGGUGGUGGAGAGAUGGCAAAAAAGCAUGACAAACAGAACACGAGAGGUGCUCCUGCCUAAAUUCAAGCUGGAGAAGAACUACAACCUGGUGGAGGCCCUGAAGUCAAUGGGGGUCACAGCGCUGUUUGACAAAAACAGCAACAUGGCGGGAAUCUCAGGCCAAAGGAUCAUCAUUGACCUGUUCAAGCACCAAGGUACUAUCACAGUGAACGAGGAGGGCACUCAAGCUGCUGCCGUGACCACAGUGGGGUUCAUGCCGCUGUCCACCCAAGUCCGUUUCACUGUCGACCGCCCCUUCCUGUUCCUCAUUUAUGAGCAGCGCACCAGCUGCCUGCUCUUCAUGGGGAGAGUUGCCAACCCCACCAAGUCUUAAAGGUAGAGGUCAAGGCAUUUCAAGUGUUUUGGGGGCACUAUACUUCUGUUUCCAUUCUAACAAUGAGAAUGGAGAUGUUCUGAGAAGCUUUCUGGAAUCAAUUCUGCAUAGUGAACAAUGCUGUCAGUUCAUAGAAGUUAAUGUACCUGUAAUGUACAGGUGCAAGUCACCUGUUACCUAGAAGCUGCCAGCAACAUAGAGACUGGCUUACCUCCUGCCUCCUCAGAGUAAACCCACGGGCGCCUCCCUGGGCACCUCCUUCCCCUGCAGUACCCAUCCUUGCAUACCUGCCUCUAUUACUCAAAGCCUUUCUCAACCAUGGCUCCUCAUCUGAACAAAGAACACAGAAAUGAGCUGCACAACUAAUUUCUAUCUCUCCCAAGGAUGGUGCACAGGGGAGGAGUGACCUCAUGACAUUCAACGGGUGCCCUGGGCAUUAGGGCUUAGUUCUCUCAAGGCCCAACCUUCUCAACUAAUGCUAAAUCUGUACUCCUGCUGUCACCUCACUGCUGCCCAGAGAACAGUGUGUACACAUGGCCAUACCUUCCACCCUAGAGAUAAAUAAAUAUCACCACUUUUACUGUG